AACUAACUUAUCUAUUUGAUUAUAUAAAAAUGAUCGUAUGAUACCCACUUUUUUAAAAGGAAUUUUAUUAAUUUUAAAAGUAAAGUAAAUUGCAUUAACUUUAAACAUUUACUUACAAUUAAAUAUGAAAAAACUUGAAAGACUGCCUAAAUGAAAUAGAAAUUCUCCAAAACUAUCAAAAUUCUUAUGAAUCAUUGAAAAAUUUUAUGCAAAUUUGUCAUACUUCUUUACAUCAAGAAACAAUGAUUCCUAUAAACAAAAUAGCCUUCAUACCUGGACAGUUAUAUAAAACAAAUGAGGUUUUGGUUUUAUUAGGCGAUGAUUGGUUCAGUAAGAUAUCAAAUACCCAAGCAUUGACAAUCAUAAAUAAACGUCUCAGAAAUAUUGCUGAUAAAAAAGAUGCCUUAUUUAGACAGCGCGAAUUGAUUGAACAGAGAAUCAAUCUGAAAGAUAAAUAUGACAAUAUUCUUGGUGUCGACACAGAAACAUUUGAAAUCAACGAAAAUUACAACGAAGAAACUGAAAAGACUUGGAGAAUUGAACAUAGAGACAAUGUUAAGAAAUAUUAUCAAGAAUUAGCGAAAAAUAAAUCCAAUAAAUCAACUACUCACCUAGAGUCAGAUCCUUUACCGUUGAUCUUAGAAAAUUUUCAAGAUAUGGAUGUGGCCGAAGAUGAAAAUAUAUCAACUCAGGUUAAUAAAAAAGUGAGAUGGGAACAUGAUUUACAAGCAAAAGCCACGUCAAUAGAUCUCAAAUUCACAAACUUGGAUGUUUCGUUAAAUCAAACUACUAUUACGACUAAAAAAUCAAUUCUCAAAAUCCCAUCUGAAGAUAUUGGAUUUUCUGAAACAGAUAAAAAAUUUACAAGUCAAAUUGUUGAAACAAAUCUUAAAUCUAUUAUCCAGAAUUCAUCACCCAAUAUAGUUAAGGAUGUCGUUGAAAAAAAUAAUUUCAUUCAAAAUUAUCCAAACCCAGUUCAAAAUUCUCCUACCAAAAAACCUAAGAUGUCUUUAUGGAAAGAAUCUAGACAUCGAAAGCCUUUGUAGAUUUUCUUAUUUAACAUUUUAUGUUUAUAAUUAAUGUAAAUAUCAUUGAUAUUUUAUCGCAACAAUUUUUUUUGUCAUAUCUACCAAAAUA